GAACACGUCUUCUAUUGUUCAAAUAGUAUCAUGGUAUCUUUUACCUAUGCUGGAGAGGGUCAACAGGGCCUCAGUCACAUCUCAUCCAAAAGACGGCACCUCUGACAAUGCAGCAUUCCCUCCAUUCUGCACUAAAAAGCCAGCCUAGAUUAAAUUCUCAAAGUCUCGGAGUGGGGCUAGAACCUUCAAGCUUCUGACUCAGAGAUGACUGUGCCACCACUGAACAAAGCUGAUACUGAGGUUAGGCUCAAAAAGCGAUAAUUCAUGGAAGUCAAUGUGCAAAACCUGCAUGCUGGGGCCUCCCUGGAAAUGGGGGACCAAGGGGGUGAAGUGGUGGAUUUAGAUGGCGAUGAAGAUACCGUUGAAGAAAAUAAUUCUUUGAAAGAGAAUCUUUGUGCCUGGAAGCAUGACACUGAGGUCCGGACAAGUCCAUUUCAAAUGGAAGACAAAGAGGGUGAAUGCAUCAAAAGUUUGGUACACAAAAAAACACUGCCCACCUUUAAAUAUUCCUGCUCCCCGGACCUAGAGAUUUCCCAAAGUCCCUGCUUUCAGUUUGACAGGUUAGCUCCUGCCAGGGUCUCCUUGUCUCCAUCUCUUCGGAGGAUGGGGAGAAACAUGUUGGUGCCACCAGCUUCGCAGGAACUCAGGAGGGCGGGGAAGCGAUUCAAAGACACUGAAGAGCACACCUCUGACAGUGACUCCUCUGUGCCAUCAGAUAACUUACAGAGUCCACAUCCUGCAUCUGAUCCAUCCUUAGAUAGCCAAAGACCUUUAAGUAAGGAGACUCCAGCACAACUACAGCAACAACAAGACGCUGUGCAAAGUGCGGAAGGCCUGUUAGCUGUAAACCAGCAAAAGAGUGAUCAUGUUGGGGGUGCAGAGAUCACCCCCCAUACAGAGAAAGACACUCCUCUAUGGGCAAGACGAGGAGUUGACUGCAAGUUUGGUUUAUUGGAUAAUCUUCAGCAGACGAUCCAAGAAGGACAGCCUGAGAGUUACAGGUGCUUGUCUCAUCGUCGGCGCAGCUCUUUAGUUGUUUGUUUACCUGGGCUGGAGAUAUUUCCUGGGGAUUUAUUAAUUUCUGAUGGCACUGAGCAUCUUUCUCGUACAGCGUCAACACUCACUCUCAGUACAGAAUCCAAGAAGUCAAAAUGGCCCUUCACAAAACGAGGAAUGAGUAAAGUGAAACAAAAGCAAAUAUCGGACCUGGAAAACCUUCUAGUAUCACUUGAGAUCGGGGACUGCACAGAUCAUGGCUUCCAACAGUACAAGGAUAAAAGCUGGACGUAUGUUAUGAAGAUCCAGAAGUUUAACCCAGAGACCAGGGCUGAGCAGAAGGAAAAGAAGCUACAGCAGGCCAUGUGGGAGAUCUUCACAAGUGAAUGUACCUACUUUUGCGACAGGUUAUUGGUGAUGGAGGAGGUCUUCCUGAAUACAUUGAAACAUCUACAGAGUAGAGGAUGGCUUCUGGACGUUGAUUCUUGGAGACUGUUUGCGAACCUCAGGAAACUCUCCAAGGUAAGCUUUGAUUUCUUGACCAGUCUCCUGGAUGUAAUUCAGAACUCUUGGAAGCUAUCAUCACUCGUUGCUGUGUUGUCAAAGUUUCAGGAGCUUGUGUGCCACAGCCAUCAGAAGUAUUGCCUGAAUUAUGCUUCAGCUAAUCUCUACCUCAAUAACCUGAAGUCAAGGGAGGACUUUGGAAUCUUUCUUAAAUGGUGUGAACAGAAUGAGCAGUGCAAGCGACUGCACUUGUCCGACCUGCUGGUCUCUCCCCUGCAGAGGUUGACGAGGUACCCGUUACUCCUGAGAGGCAUUUGGAAGAGAAGCACAGACGCAGCAGAGAAACAGAGUGUCCAAACGAUCAUCAAACAGGUGGACAAUUCGAUAUGUGACCUUGAGGGGAAGGUGAAGUGGUUGGAAAGCUUUCAGAAAUUCCAGCAGAUUCAAGAGAUGAUUGUUUGGCCACCAAUCUGGGAAAGAAAUAAAGUGUUCCUACCUGAGGCCAGUUCUGGGUUAAUGGAAAUAAACGAGUGUGGGAGAUUAGAUCAUGUUGCCAUGGCUUUGCUGCUUCCUCCUGUAUUGAUUUUGCAAUCGUUUACCUCAUUCCAGGGGAGAGCUGUCACCUUAAAAAGAAAGAUGAGUCUUCGACAUCUGCUCAAAGAUAACAUGGCAGAAGGUCUCCUCUCACCAGCUAACAGACAGCUUUUAUAUGAAGGACGAUUAAGUCUCGCAGGGACCACGAAAUCUCUGGAUGUACAUCUGUUCCUUUUUGAUGAUUUACUUUUAAUCACAAAGGUUAAAAACGCUAAAAAGAAACCAGGAGCCUUAGAUACUGGGCUCCGAAGUCCUUCACCCAAUCCUGAAUUACACGGAAUGGGAAGAGAUGGAACUGUGUGUUCUGUACUUGAUCAACCAAUUGCCCUGGACAGAUUAGUACUGAAGAACAUUGAUCCAUUCCAUUCAGCAGGCUGUGGACUACACAAUGCUUUCUUAGUAAUACAUCAAAACAGAUAUCAGCAAUGUAUAGGAAUCUUCACACUUCAAGCACCUUCAGAAGCUGUUAAGAAAACUUGGAUGUCACACAUCGAGACUGCAGUAACUGCCUACAGGAACAUUUUAGACCCCCCACGACCUUCCCUGAGGAGAUUAUCAGUGAAUGAAUCAUCUGAAAUUUAACUCCCCCCGGACAUCUGUUAAACUUGCAAAAGCCCUGAUCUUAGUCUAAACAGACCAAUCAGAAACUCAACAGAUUGUUGGGCCAGCGCACUUUGAAGAAAUCUACCUCCUUUAUUCGAUUUUAAAAU